AAUCCCCUCCUCUCCCCUCCCAGUCCCAGUCUAGGGUUUUCUCGCGGCACCGCCUUCCUCCGCCGCCGGUCGCCGUCGCCGGGAGAUCGGCCAUGCGACGGAGAUGAAGCGCGCACUGGACGAGCUCACGGAGGAGGACUGGGGCGACCUGUCCAGCUCCUUCAAGCCCUCUCGCGCCCUCAGGAGGCCCCCGUCGCCCCCGCCGCCCCCAUCGAGUCCUUCGCCUUCCGCCGCGGCAAAUCGGGCCGGCCCCGCUCCCCGAGCACUUCCGGCCGAGGAAUCGGCGAUCCCGUCGAGGCCGGCGGCGGCUCCGAUGACUUGGAGGACGACGAUGCCGAGCUGGCCGGCCCCGUCGCGCCGGCGCCGGCGAGCCGUGGCCGCCGGUUUGUAGUCGACGACGACGACGAUGAGGAGGAGGAGGAGAGGCGGGAACGGGGUAGUAAGGUGGAGAGCGAUGGGGAUUUGGUCGAUGUCUACGAUAUAAGCUCUGCAGAGGACGAGAAGGAGGAGGAGGUUGAGGGGGAGGGACUGGGGGCGGAAGAGGAUGAGGUGGAGGAUGAUGAUGUGGUGGGGAAGGCUCUGCAGAAAUGCGCCAAAAUUUCUACGGAUUUGAAGAAGGCGCUUUAUGGCUCUUCCGUCGCUUCAUGCGAGCACUACUCCGAAGUGGAAGCUUCCUCUAAUCGGAUUGUCACUCAGGAUGAUGUUGAUGCAGCAUGUGGUGCUGAUGAUACAGAUUUUCAGCCUGUUCUGAAGCCUUAUCAGCUUGUUGGUGUCAACUUUCUUCUUUUGUUGCAUCGGAAGGGCGUAGGAGGAGCCAUCCUAGCGGAUGAGAUGGGUCUUGGGAAGACCAUUCAGGCCAUAACAUACUUAACAUUGCUGAAACACUUGAAUAAUGAUCCGGGUCCGCACUUGGUUGUAUGCCCGGCUUCUCUCUUGGAGAAUUGGGAAAGGGAACUCAAAAGGUGGUGUCCUUCAUUUUCAGUACUCCAAUAUCAUGGUGCUAACCGGUCAAUCUACUCAAAACAGUUGACCUCACUGUCGAAAGCAGGAUUACCUCCUCCGUUCAAUGUGCUUCUUGUGUGUUACUCUCUUUUUGAACGUCACAGCGUUCAGCAGAAAGAUGAUCGCAAAAUUUUUAGACGAUGGCGGUGGAGCUGCGUCUUGAUGGAUGAAGCCCAUGCACUGAAGGAUAAAACCAGUUACAGAUGGAAAAACUUAAUGUCUGUUGCACGAAACGCGAAUCAGCGUCUAAUGUUGACAGGGACACCCCUACAAAACGAUUUACAUGAAUUGUGGUCACUGUUGGAAUUUAUGAUGCCUGAUCUUUUUGCAACUGAAGAUGUGGACUUGAAAAAACUUUUAACUGCUGAGGACCGAGCCUUAGUCAGUCGUAUGAAGUCCAUUCUAGGACCAUUUAUCUUGAGACGUUUAAAAUCUGAUGUUAUGCGGCAACUUGUUCCUAAGAUACAAAAGGUUGAGUUUGUGGCAAUGGAUCAGCAACAGGAGGAGGCUUAUAUAGAAGCUAUUGAGGAGUAUCGUGCGGCCUCAGGAGCUCGUUUGGAAAAAUUUUCAGGAGAUUGCCUGAGCAAUGUCAACAAAAUUCUACCAAAACGUCAAAUUUCUAACUACUUUGUCCAGUUUCGGAAGAUUGCAAAUCAUCCUUUGCUAGUGAGGCGCCUUUAUGAUGAUGGUGAUAUUGUUCGUCUCGCUAAGAAGUUAUAUCACAAGGGUGCCUUUGGGUUUGAAUGUGGUUUGGAAAGAGUAAUAGAUGAAAUGAAGAAGUAUAGUGAUUUCUCUAUUCAUCAGCUUUUACUUUGUUAUGGUAUCGAUGGGGUUCUAUCUGAGGAACAUGCCAUGCUUUCCGCUAAGUGCCGUGCACUGGCUGAACUUCUUCCUGCACUCCAUAAAGAUGGUCAUCGCGUCCUGAUAUUUAGCCAGUGGACCUCAAUGCUUGAUAUCUUAGAAUGGAUAUUGGAACUUAUAGGGGUUACGUACAGACGUCUUGAUGGAAGUACCCAGGUGACGGACAGACAAAGCAUAGUUGACACUUUCAAUAAUGAUACUUCCAUAUUUGCUUGCUUGCUUUCGACGAGAGCUGGAGGACAGGGUUUGAAUUUGACCGGAGCUGACACGGUUGUCAUCCAUGACAUGGAUUUCAACCCACAAAUUGACCGACAGGCAGAGGAUCGCUGUCACCGAAUUGGCCAAACAAAGCCAGUGACUAUAUAUAGGUUAGUGACCAAGGGAACGGUCGAUGAGAAUGUUUAUGAGAUUGCGAAAAGGAAGCUGGUUCUGGAUGCUGCUGUUCUGGAGUCUGGUCUUGAGGUUGAUACUGAGAAGGAUACAUCUGAGAAGACAAUGGGGGAGAUACUGUCUGCACUUUUGCUUCGCUAGAGGUUAGUUCGUUAGAAAACAAAUAGGUCGACAGAAGUUCAUGUUGUCAGAAUCGUCUUGGCAAUUCCCUUUCAUAUUUCUGGGUUAUAGUGGGGGCAUAUGCCAUUUUACUUUCCUGGUUAUCUCCCAAUAACACCGGUGUUAUGACAGUAAGUUUGUAUAUUUUAGGAUUUACUCGAGAGCAGGAGGGAGAUUUGUAUGUAAUAUUUAAAUGUUGACUAGCAUCUAUAUUAGGGGCCCAAAUUGGGCUCUGAUAGAAGUGAAUGUUGGCAGGAAUCUUUAUGAAGUGAUCGUCUGUCUGUCGAGCUUUUGAUGUUGA